AUGCAAAGCCGAGAAAGCCUCGGUAACUUUCUCAGUGACAGUGAUUCCCGCGAUCCGGUCACAUCUGUUCACACUGUCUGGUCCCGCUCAGCCCCGUUGUCUCCGAUUUUGUCCACGGUCAAUUUCCAAAGCUCGUUGCAGAUUUACUUCCCCCGUUCGCAGGCAUCGAUCUCCUCCUCGGCUUCCGCCCACACGGGCCCGGCUCGGCUCGCUUAUUUUAAAUUCCGCAACUACUCUUCGCCGCGGCUCAUUCACACUCUGUCAGGGGAUCGGAUCAGAAAGUUCCCGUGGAUCCAGUCGCCAUCGCAGAUACACCAACAGCUUCGCACUGGGAAGCGGCCGUUCACCUGCUCCGUGUGUGCGAAGAGACUCAUUCAGUUAACCCACCUUGUGAUGCUCCGCACCGACCGAAUGCGCAGGCGUCAGGGUUGCGGCUGGUCCCGAACAUCACGCAUGCGCAGUACACAAAAGGCCUCGGAUAUCGCUGCCGACCUCAACGUUAUCAGUCAGUUUAAUCCUGAUUUCCGGCUUCAGAGCAAGAUUAUUCAGUUUAGUACAGAGUCGUCAACACACUUCCUGAUAAAGCUGGUGAUGAUGGUGACAAACACAUCUAGGUGGACUGAACGAGGAAUCAGACAGAAGAUCGUUGUCUGUGACGAGCAAGAUUGUCUGUAUGAUCUAAUUUGGCUUUUCGCGUUGACGACCGGGAAACUUUGGCGAAGGACAGGCGACUUCACCUUCGACCUCCUACCUGGCAAUAACCCUCCGCAGGACCGGCACUUUUUCCUCUCUCUCGUCCUGAAACGGUGGUAUGGAGGAGUGCUUCAAGGAGACAACGACCAUGGGGUUUAUUGGUCCAUCAUCAUCUCCGGCAAGAGCACACUCCGCCCUAACAUCGAUUAUCGGUCCUUGAAUAACAUCACCGUGAAGCGUCAAAAGGGAAUGCGGUUAACUGGCGGCAUGAAUAACUGUUCGGGGAGAGUUGAAGUAUUACGUGACGAAACCUGGGGAACGGUCUGCGAUGUUUUCUGGGAUUUGAAGGAUGCCUCUGUCGUCUGCAAUCAUCUCCAUUGUGGACCGGUUUUAUCAGCGAAAGCGGGAGCUUUCUUUGGUGAGGGAAAUGGCUCGAUUUGGAAAGACGUCACUGAAUGUCGCGGUAAUGAAAUCCGUUUGAGUGAAUGCCGCAUUUCAUCAUGGGGAGACCAGCCCUGUACACACAAAAAUGACGCCGGCGUUAUCUGUUCCGUGGAUCACUGGCAUUUGCGGCUGGCUGCUGGAGAGGGCCGAUGCGAUGGCCGAGUGGAGGUUUAUCACCACGGUGUCUGGGGCAGAGUAACUGACGAUUUAUGGGAUUUCAAAGACGCAGCUGUGGUAUGCAGACAGCUGAAGUGCGGCUCUGCAGUAAAUGUUUACAACCACGGGAAGUAUGGAAUCGGGAAAGGGCCUGUGAUAAUGAGCAACGUCAGUUGUAUUGGAGGUGAAUCCUACCUCUGGAACUGCACUUUCACACAAGCGGACCACUUACCUCUCGGUGGUGAUGUUGGAGUCUUUUGUUCUGAUAAUAUUCCCGUAAGGCUGGUGAAUGGUGCAAGUCGUUGUGCUGGAAGGGUAGAAGUUUAUUACAAAGGAAUCUGGGGCACUGUCUGCGAUGAUGCUUGGGAUUUCAUGGAUGCACAUGUUGUCUGCAAAGAACUGAAUUGUGGACAUGCUGUUAAUGUCACGAAGUCCAGUUGGUUUGGCCAAGGCUCAGGUCCUGUCUGGUUGGACAACAUCAAGUGUUCAGCGAAGAAUUCGGCCUUGUGGCAAUGUCCAGCGAGACCAUGGGGCGAGAACGAUUGCAUUCACAAAGAAGAUGCUGGAGUUAUCUGUUCAGAGCAGAAGACGAACGCUGUGGUUAUAGUGGAUUCGUCAGGGCAACAAUCAGGAGGUACUGUGGGCGAGAACAAGAUUCCCGGACGGUAUGUUCCCUCGCAGAAAGUCACUGAACUUGUGGGGAAGCGAAACCGGCCAGAGGGUUCGAAGGUAUUCUUCACCCUGGUGAUGGGGAAAGGGUCCCGAGCCCGGAGGGUGAUGUGGGAAGCAUUUGUUAAAAUGCGAAACGAGUUACUGAAGUUGGACAGAAUAUUGAAGGAAAUCCAAGAGCUCGGGGCUGAUAUACCAGAAUACAUGAACAUCAGCGAAGGGUUAACCGAAUUACCACCUCAGUUGAAAGAUGUUCAUGAGAAACACAAGAAGACACUGCGGGAAGAAACUGAAAAGCUCAGAGUGAACACGAUCCUGUUGAGUGAGAAGGUUAAGGUUUUCAAGCUGGUUGAUCGAUACGCUGAGCUGACGGUCAUUUCUUCUGUUCGAGGACAGAGGUUUGUGGAACACGAGCUGCUGGCAAGAGGCCGAGACCAUGAGGAGUGGAGAAUGAAGCAUCUUCGGGGGGAGUUGGAGAAAAUCCGUGCCGAUCAGUUGCUUCAAAGUAGUUUUUCCCAUAAUGUAACUUACUGGCAGCGAAUAAAGAGAUUCUUUGGAUUUGAAUCUGUGAAUCCAACAUCAGUGAACAGUGUGAAACCUGGGAAUUCAGCAGCAGUGGCCGGAGUCCCGGGCAUCGGGAAAACAACAAUGAUGCAGAAGAUUGUUUAUGACUGGGCCACGGGGAAAAUAUACCAACAUUACCAUUUUGUGUUCAGUUUCAAAUUCAGGGAUCUAAACACCAUUAACCGUGAAAUAAGCCUGACGGAACUGAUUCUGCAACAGUAUCCUUACUUUGAGAAUAGUCUGGAAGAAGUCUGGAAGAACCCGGAGGGGUUGCUGUUUAUAUUUGAUGGUUUGGAUGAACUAAAGGAUGGGAUUGAUUUUACUGAGAGUCAGAGAGACACAGAACCUCAGCAGUGCUGUGCAGACCCAGAAUUCCGGUGCCUCGUGUCCGACAUUGUGUAUAGUUUAAUCCAGCACAAACUGCUCCCAGGGUGUUCAGUGCUGGUGACCACCCGCCCCACUGCGUUACAUUCAUUGGAAAAGGCAGAGAUUAGUGUCUGGGCUGAAAUCCUGGGAUUUGUUGGUGAGGAACGGAAGGAAUAUUUCAUCAGGCAUUUUGAAGAUCAGACGGUGGCAGCAGCUGUUUUCAAACAUGUGAAGGAGAAUGAGAUCUUGUACACCAUGAGCUACAACCCCUCCUACUGCUGGAUCCUCGCUCUGGCACUGGGACCCUUCUUCAUAAAAGGAGACAGGGACCUGCAGCGAGUUCCCAAGACCAUCACCCAACUAUUUUCCUACUAUAUUUACAACAUCCUGAAAAACCACGGCCGUGAGAUCGAGAACCCCCGUGAUGUGUUACUCAGGGUUGGUCAGAUGGCCUUCACAGGAGUGUCUGAGAGGAAGAUUGUGUUUACAGAUGGAGAUUUGAUCAAGUACAAACUGCAACCUUCCCAGUUCCUGUCCGGGUUCUUGAUGGAGCUUUUGGAGAGAGAGGAUUCUGCCCGGUGUGUGGUGUACACAUUCCCACACCUCACCAUCCAAGAGUUUGUAGCUGCAGUCGCACAAUUCCUGACCUCAGACCUCAAGGAUACUGUGAAGAUCCUCGCUGAAGCCUGCUGCAUGACAGAUGGGCGGUUUGAGGUAUUUCUCCGUUUUGUUGCUGGUCUCUCCUCGGGGUCAGCCUGGCGCUGGAAGGAGGUUCUGGGUCCAUUUCCUGUCGAUACAGCCUGCCAGGUGAUUGACUUUCUGAAGGGGGAGUUCAAACGUCAGAGUGGAAACACAGAGAAAGAAGCCGAUAAAAGGAGCCUCCUGAACACAUUGCACUACCUGUUUGAGUCUCAGAAUCGUGUGCUAGCUCAGGAAGCACUAGGGUCUGUGGAAAAACUUUCACUUAGUGGACUGCGACUGACCCCUAUUGACUGCGCGGUCCUGUCUCAUGUCAUCGGACUCUGUGAUACAAUAAAGCACCUCAACCUGGAUCACUGCUACAUUCAGUGUGAAGGACUCCAACGGCUGGCACCCAGUCUCCACAGAUGUCAAGAGUUGGGAUUGGCAAACAAUGAUUUGGGUGAGGGUGAUUCAGCAGUCAACCUAAUCUCUGCAGCUCUGAGGGAUCAGGACUGUAAAAUAGAAAAACUGCGAUUGGGCAAUAACCGUAUCACAGCCUCUCAGACUGCAAUCCUCGCCUCUGCUCUUGUUAAAAACCGCUCACUGACGGAGCUCGAUAUGAAGGAUAAUAGACUGGGAGAUACAGGUGUAAAAGAGCUGUUAGGAGUUCUGAAUAACUCGGAAUGUAAAAUACAGAAAUUGGGGCUGAAGAACAACAGUUUCACAGCUCUUUGCGCCAGGAAUCUUGCCUGCAUUCUCAGAACAAAUCACUCACUGAACAAACUGGAACUGGAUAACAAUAAACUGGAGGAUUCAGGAAUGAAACUGCUGUCUGAGGCUCUGAAGUACCCGCAUUGUAAAAUACAGGAAUUGCGGCUAUGUAGAAUCGGUCUCACAGCUUCUGGUGCAGAGUAUCUCGCCUCUGCUCUAGCUACUAGCCCGUCACUGGUGGAUCUUGCCCUGGACUAUAAUAAUCUGGGUGAUUCAGGAGUGAAGCUGAUAUUUGGAUCUUUGAAUAGCCCAGAUUGUAAAAUACAGAAACUACGAUUAUGGGAUGUCGCUCUCACAGAUUCGUUCAGUGAGGAUCUUGCUAUCGCUCUCAAAACAAACUGUUCCCUGAAGCUUCUGUCACUGGGUGAUAACAAUAUCGGAGACUCAGGGGUGAAACGUUUGUCUGGGGUGCUGGUGAACUUCCAAUGUAAACUACUGGAGCUAGAUCUGUACAAUAAUGGGCUGACCGAUUCCAGCACGCAGUCCCUCUGCCUCGUUCUCAACAGACUGAGUUCACUGAAAAUUUUGGACCUGGGAGGAAACUCCUUCACAGACGAAUCCACUCACUCGUUCCGCCGGCUGAUACUGCGAUGCAAGAGUUUGAAACAAAUCACGCUUACGGGGAAUCGAUUCACUGCAGAUGGGCAGAAUCAUCUGUUGUCAUUACGGGGAACCAGACGCGGUCUUAAUGUGAAAGUGUGAGUCAUUCAGAUGCAGAAUAUUAUCUCCUCCUGGAUGGGAAUAGUAUUCGUGGAUUUCACAGUCACACCUCGGAUUUAAACCCUGAACACCUAAAGCUCCAGAUGAGCGUGAGCCUCACCCAUCAUCGGGCCCAGGUGCUGUUUCACGUAUCAUAGCUGACUGGUCGCUUGCCAGAUCUGUCAGUGUCUGAUAACUGAACUUUGUGGAAAUGCCCAGACAGAAAUGGUCAAAUGUCUCCUCCAACUGCACUGCCAAGUGAUAGCGGAAAUCCAAAUCAUUCAUACUCGGUUUGACUUCGUCCGGGCGAGCAGCUGUGCAUUCAGACUGCAAAUGUUAUUCAUCAAGUAUUACCCUGUUUCGUUGUGUUUUGCAUUUAUUGGGAAGAAAGCACAACAUUGCCUCUAAUUCUGUGCUGUAGUGUUCUAUGGUUCCUCAGGAGUAUGCGGAGGUUCAGCAUAUCAUCGAACACUUUGGCAAACGUCAAUAGAGGCAUGGUGAAAAGUGUGCUGACUGGCUGAAUUCCAGCCUGAUACGGGAACUGAAAUGCCUUUCAUUUUCAGUGGGAAAUCCCGACUGGAUUUAGCCUAGUACGUCAUGGGUGAAACCCUCCCAACCAUUGAGCAGAUCUACAUGAAAUGUUGCCAUAGAAAAGCAGCAUCCAUCAUCAAAGAAACUCACCAUCCAAGCCAUGCUUUUCCCUUCCUGCUGCCAUCAGGUAUAAAGUACAAGAACCUUUGGACUCACACCACCAGCUUCAAGAACAGUUACUACUCCUCAGUCAUCAGGCUCUUGAGCAAAAGGGGUAGCGACACUCAUUUACGGUCUGUUACAUUGUUUCCUCAAGCUCGUUAUUUAUUGCUGUUUAUUUAUAUUUACAGUUGCAUAGUUUGUUUACAUUAACUGUUCCUGAUGAUUAUAGUUUAUGGUUACUGUUCUAUGGAUUUGCUAAUUAUGCCCACAGUUAAAAAAAUAUCAGGGUUGUAUGUGGUGACAUGUUUGUAUUAUGAUAAUAAAUUUUACUUUGAAUUUUGAACUAUCGAACUUUGGUUUUUUUAGUUUGGA